AUGGUCUGGCCCAUCGGUAGCUACCACCCCCUUGGGCACGACAGCUGCUCCAGCUGCUCCUGGUCGGGUCGAGCUUCUAAGCUCUGAACCGCGGCUGCCCCGGGCGGUGGGCGAGCUGAGGUGAUCCCAAGACGACCCGCGGGGUGGACCGACCGGGGAGCCGCCAGCCGCUGGCGGGGAGUGUGGGCCACCGAGGGACCGGCCACUGGAUCCAGCCAGAGAGGUGCCUCAGCUGUAGCAUCCCAGCCCAAAACCUGUGUCGUGAAAUCCAAGACUUUGACCCAGAUAAUGUGAUAGGAUCUUCCUGUGACUUGGGGCCAUAUUCUACUUAGAUGAACUCGGAACUUCCAGCUUUACCGAGCGCUUGGCACUACAGGCAGGCUUCUUGCUUGCUUGGUAUAUGUUACCAUGCCAUCUCUGCCUCAAGAUGGGGUUAUUCAGGGAUCAUCUCCUCUGGAUCUGAGUACAGAAUUACCUUACCAGUGCACAAUGAAAAGGAAAGUGAGAAAAAAGAAGAAGAAGGGAAUUAUUACAGCGAAUGUUGCUGGAACAAAGUUUGAAAUUGUUCGUUUAGUAAUAGAUGAGAUGGGAUUUAUGAAAACUCCUGAUGAAGAUGAGACAAGCAAUCUUAUCUGGUGUGAUGCUGCUGUUCAGCAGGAGAAGAUUACAGACCUGCAGAACUACCAGAGAAUCAACCAUUUUCCAGGAAUGGGAGAGAUCUGUAGGAAGGAUUUCUUAGCAAGAAAUAUGACGAAAAUGAUCAAGUCUCGGCCUAUGGAUUAUACCUUUGUUCCGAGAACGUGGAUUUUCCCUUCUGAAUAUACUCAGUUCCAAAACUAUGUGAAAGAAUUGAAGAAAAAACGGAAGCAAAAAACUUUUAUAGUAAAACCGGCUAAUGGUGCAAUGGGUCAUGGGAUUUCAUUGAUAAGAAAUGGGGAUAAAAUCCCUUCUCAGGAUCAUUUGAUAGUUCAAGAAUACAUUGAGAAACCUUUCCUAAUGGAAGGCUACAAGUUUGAUUUACGGAUUUAUAUUUUGGUUACAUCCUGUGAUCCAUUAAAGAUAUUUCUCUACCAUGAUGGGCUUGUGCGCAUGGGCACUGAGAAGUACAUCCCACCAAACGAGUCCAACUUGACCCAGUUAUACAUGCAUCUGACCAACUACUCGGUGAACAAACACAAUGAACGGUUUGAGCGCAAUGAAACUGAAGACAAAGGCAGCAAGCGGUCAAUCAAGUGGUUUACGGAAUUCCUACAGGCCAAUCAACAUGAUGUCACUAAGUUCUGGAGUGAUAUUUCAGAGUUGGUGGUAAAGACUCUGAUUGUGGCAGAACCUCACGUCCUGCAUGCCUACCGGAUGUGCAGGCCCGGUCAGCCCCCCGGGAGCGAAAGUGUCUGUUUUGAAGUCCUGGGGUUCGACAUCUUGUUGGAUAGAAAGCUCAAGCCAUGGCUUCUGGAGAUUAAUCGAGCCCCAAGCUUUGGAACUGAUCAGAAAAUCGAUUAUGAUGUUAAGAGGGGGGUUCUGCUAAAUGCGCUGAAGCUGCUGAACAUCAGGACCAGCGAUAAAAGGAAAAACUUGGCCAAACAAAAAGCGGAGGCUCAGAGGAGGCUGUACGGUCAAAACCCAGUAAGAAGGCUUUCGCCAGGCUCCUCCGACUGGGAACAGCAGAGGCACCAGCUGGAGAGGCGGAAAGAAGAGUUGAAAGAGAGACUCCUUCAAGUACGAAAGCAGGUUUCGCAGGAAGAACAUGAAAACCGACAUAUGGGGAAUUACAGGAGAAUUUAUCCUCCUGAAGAUAAAGCACUGCUUGAGAAGUAUGAAGGUUUGCUGGCCGUCGCCUUCCAGACCUUCCUCUCGGGAAGAGCAGCUUCAUUCCAGCGAGAAAUGAACAAUCCUCUGAAAAAGAUGCGGGAGGAAGAUCUCCUGGAUCUUCUGGAGCAGUGCGAAAUCGAUGACGAAAAGCUGAUGGGGAAAACCGGCCGGGUCCGAGGACCGAAGCCCCUGUGCUGCAUGCCAGAGUGUGCAGAGGUCACGAAGAAGCAGAAGUAUUACGGUAGCAGUGACAGCAGCUACGACAGCAGCAGCAGCAGCAGCAAUUCAGAGCUGGAUGAGAACGAAAAGGAGCUGUGUCAGAAGAGACUAGACCAAGUCCCAUAUAGCCUUAAGCACACCAGUCACUGCAAGAUAAUCCAGCAAUCCAGUGGAAGUCACAACCUAAUCUACUCAGAAUCACCGGUGUAUCUAACUACUUUAGUUUUCUUGUCUGAAUUUCCAGAUUCCAUGAGGCGUUCAGUCAGCUGCCCUCGGUCCAUCUCUGCUCACUUACCUUCCAGAGGGGAUGUGCGCCCCUUUUCUUCUCAACAAGUGAUACCAUUAGCAAGACCAACGUCAGCGUCUCGGUCACAUUCCUUAAACCGCACUUCAUCCUACGCGAGACACCUGCCUCACAGCAAUGACACUGGCUCUACCAACACUCUGAAUGAGUCUUUGCGGCAAUUGAAAACCAAAGAGCAGGAAGACGACCUCACCAGUCAGACCUUGUUUGUCCUCAAGGACAUGAGAAUCCGCUUUCCGGGGAAGUCGGACGCAGAGUCGGAGCUCCUGUUAGAAGAUAUCAUGGAUAACUGGAAGCAUUAUAAAACAAAAGUGGCUUCAUAUUGGCUCAUAAAAUUGGACUCUGUAAAACAACGGAAAGUUUUGGACAUAGUAAAAUCAAGUAUUCGUACAGUUCUCCCAAGAAUCUGGAGGGUCCCUGAUGCUGAAGAACUGAGUUUAUACCGGAUUUUCAACAGGGUAUUUAAUCGCCUACUCUGGAGUCAUGGCCAAGGACUGUGGAGCUGUUUCUGUGAUUCAGGAUCCUCUUGGGAGAGCAUCUUCAGUAAGAGCCCUGAGGUGGUGACUCCUCUGCAGCUCCAGUGUUGCCAGCGCCUGGUGGAGCUUUGCAAGCAGUGCCUGCUAGUGGUUUACAAAUACACAACAGAAACAAGAGGACCCAUCUCAGGCAUUGGUCCUGACUGGGGGAACUCCAGGUAUUUGCUACCAGGAAGUACCCAAUUUCUUAUGAGAUCACCACUGUACAACAUGAAAUAUAAUUCACCCGGAAUGACUCGCUCCAAUGUUUUGUUUACGUCCCGCUAUGGCCGUUUGUGAAUGGAAGAUUGCCAUGGGCUCGCUUAAUAGCAAUUCAUUUAUUUUCUCCAGUUGAACCUUAAGGAAGUGACCCUUAUAUGCUGUUUUAUGUAUAUAUGUCAUAGAAGUGUGUGAAGUACAUACACACAGGCACUCAAGUAACAUAUAAAUAUAUAUAUUUAUUAUAUGUAAGAAGAAUUAGCAGAAAACUGAAUAUAAGAUUUAACCUUUCUGGAAAUGUAAUAAACCAUGUUAAAGUUGUUUACACAAAUACGCAAAUGUGUAGAAUUUGCUAGGUUUUUAAUUAAUUACUUCCUACUAGAAAUGUUAUUUUUGCUGCAGAGUCGAUCUUGAAGCUCCCAUCAUGGCGUUACAAAUUAUUUUCUAGAUAAUAGGGCUUUCGACUUGAGCAAACACUGAUAGUAUCUUAUUACUUUUCUCACUAUUAGUAGUUAUUUAACAGUGAAACAGAAGACUUAGAUGCCUGGGGUUGGCUUGAUGAUAGGAUUAGGAUCAAACAGGUUUGUUGUUACCAUAGCACACUGUAAAGUACUAGAAAAUAGCCCAGCCUGACUCUCCAACAUUCUACUCCCCUAGGUGGGAAUUUAGCUGCUUGUUCUAGUGCACAUGUUCAAUAAAGGUCUGGUAAGAUCAUGAAUCAUACAAAAAUGAGAGGCAACCCAGUGGAUUAAGAAUAAAAUGCAAACAUGCUUUAAUUCGACUCUUCAUGGGAAGUCCCAUAGAGAAGCAAGACGAUGGCAGGGACAGAAAUUUGCUUGUGUGACUUCUGUGUCACUUUCCUUUGGAAAGCAUAUCAUUGAUGGGCCUAAGUCUCUCAACAUUGAGACCAAUUUACCUCGCAAAGUCCAAUAAGAGGAGUUUCUCAUUUCACCCCAGAAAAGAAUGCAAAGGCUCCGAAGAGGAGUCCAGUGAGCCCAGGUCACCGCUCAUUGGUGUCAUCUGUUGGGAGUCUUUAUUCAAAGUUCCGUAUAAAGUUGCCUUCCAGAGGAUUCAUGCUUGCUUUUCAGACCAUCACCCUCCCAUUCUUCUUCAUCUUCCCUGCCAUCUGAAAACCAGUGUGUGCUCUCGGUUUUCCACACAAAUAGAGACAGACAUAUGCCCUAUGGAUUUUUGAACUCAGAUAAUACAAUAUUUGCAGAAACUUCCCUCCAGUGAUUUUACUCAUACAUGUUAAGUUUCUGCAAAACUCAGAAUACUUGCCAGCUUCUUACAUUUUUACGUCUGUUCCCCAUAAAUGAAGAAAGGACCCCAAAGCAGUAAGAGGUCAUUUGGCCUGGUCUCAUUCAAAGCUGGAUGGAUGGUGACCCGAAGUUGUCAGAUUUAAGUAUUUUGCUUUAAAAAACUACCUUUGGAGAGUAUACUUUUAAACUGUAAUAUUCAUUUAUCACACACAUUACCGGCAGCUACUUAAGUUCUUUAUGGCUGCCUACCCACAUGCAUUCCAGUAGAGCCUUUUCUUACUGGAAGCAUCCCACAGAAUUUUGUGUUAUGCUUUUGAAGGAGAAUAAAGCCUCCAGAUCAAGCAGAUGAGUGAGCGUGGUACUUAGGAGUCCAUAUUGUGGAUUCUUCAACAUGGCAGAGAGUUCUUAGAAUGACUGAUGCAAAUACUGGGACACUUCAGGAUUUUUAUGGAAAUAAUAAACAAAGCAGCCCCUUUUGGGGUUUAUUUGUAGCCAUAUUUGUUUUCAAUUCAUGAUUUAAAAAUCAAGGAGGAAUAAAAGAAAAAAACACAAAAGUCAUGGAUAUGUCACUUAAAAUGACUGGUAAGUGAUACCAACCCAGUUUGUUGGCCAUUCACUUUGUCUUAAAUCACAAAUGAUCAUUUAAUCGGAUAGAGUAUAUACUCCAAAACUUCUAUCACAUACUAGGAAGGAAUUUUCAUUUUAAAAAAAGGUGGGGGGAAGAUGUCCACAUUAGGAAUUCUCGCCCUAGAAACACACAUUAAAAGCUAAGAGUAAAUGGAAAUAGAAAGACUGCCACGCGUUUGUGAAAGGCCAUUAUUUCCUUAUCUAUCCAAGCAAGGCCUUGUUUUGAGCACUGGAAUUUCAUUGCCUACAUUUUCCUGUUGGGACAAGUUGGGUAGGGUGAAGUGUUGCAGGAAGCUGUGUGCUCAUUAUUUAUGUGCAUUACCUGGGGUGCUGUGGACUGUGGUUGUCAUAGCACCAUCCCCUAAUGAGCAGCCACAGGAAGACAUGAUAAUGAACCGUGGAAGUCUCAGGAGGCCACAGACAGGUAGUAGGGGUAUAGAAUAUUCCUUAGCUUUUAUCAAUUUCUUAUGCUUAUGCUUAAAACACAUCUGCAGUAGAGGCAGUGUAAAUCUUUAAUAGAAGAGAGGGAAAAUUCCAGAAGCUAGUUAAUUUCACCAGGGUUUUUUUGUUUUUGUUUGUUUGUUUGUUUGUUUCUCUUUAGAAUGGAUUUUGGCUUAUCUACAAGGAAGGGAAUGAGUAUAGACCUGCAGUAUGGAUGGCUGUUUGGUUCAUAGCCAGGUUGAAAUGCUUCCCCAAACUAAGAUAUGGAUGUCACCCCAAUUGUCUAAGUAGUAACUUGCUUGUUAUUUUGUCCUCACCCACAAACAGAAUCUAAAGGAACAGUUUAGUUUUCACUUGAGUAAGCCAGCCUUGAAGGUUUGAAUCGGGUAAAAGACCCUGUUCCAAUAUGAACAUUAAGUUGUAUAUGGAGCACAGGGGAAGCAACUGUAAAAUGCCAGGGUUUGCUUACAUUAGAGGAAGUUUUUGUUGCUUGUCUCUAAAGUUCAAACCAAACCAAAACCAAAGCCCUUUUUUUCACCUGCUAUUUAUGCAUACAUAGAGAACAAGUGCCUCCCAGACAUCAGGAAAAUGAUUUCCUUCAAAUUCUCUCGUUAGCUUAGAUAGUAGAUGAGACUGGGAUCAUGCUAAUGUGAAAUUGUAGAUACCUGAAUAGGAACUCAAUGCUUUCUUCCUUAACAUGUCAAUGAUAUUCUGUGUAAACAUUAUCUUCAAUAUGCAAUACACACUAUUCAAAAAUACCAAAAUGAUAGCUGCAUACAUGCCAUUACUUAAUCUUCUAUAAAGCACUUAUUCAUUCUUAAAUAUAUAUUCUUUUAAAAAUAGUAAAUACCUCAAAAGUGACAGAAAAUUCCUUCCUUCUCUAUUUAGCAAUUGCUAGUUUACAUUCCGAACCUCAUGUACUUGGUUCUAAGCAUUAAACAACAAUAAAAAUAUAACUAUACAAUUAACGUUCUUGUGACCUGGUGAUUUUUGGACAUUUACUUUUCUCUUUAAAUUGGGAGCUUUAAGUGUAAAGGGCCAUGAUAUCUACAUAUUAAUUAUUAGAUAUUUAAUUGUUUUGAACAAUUUCAAUGUUGACUUAUAAGUAGAUGAAAACUGUAGAAAUAUAUUCAUAAAGCAAAGGAUUCCUCACAUUGCUUUCUCUCUCUCCUGUUCUCCUUCUUUCAAUUCACUUAGAAGCUUUAGCUGUACAUGGACAAAGUAAAGAAAAGAGAGAAAUACUGCCUUUUAAAUGCUGCUCUUCCUUGAAAUUUUGUAGUGGUGUGUUUUUACCCAAGCAACUCUAACACUUUGAUGGAAUAUUGGGUCCAUUCAGUUUGCCGAGAACUUUAGGAACAAGGUUGAAGUCUGUAUGCUUAAAGCACACGCAGUGUCCUUCCGUGUGAAGUGAGAUGCGCUUUAACAGUCUUGCAAGAGAAAUUGAUGUGUUGAAACGGCACCUGUGGAGAUUGCUUCUGUUUCUGAGGGUCUGAAGUAGUAUGUGGUGUGUUGGGGGAAAUUUACUCAGGUACUCACUGUGAUACCAAGAGGGGUGUGUCAUCUUGGGAGAUCUGGGUAAGACUUCUGCUUUGUCACCACUUAUGAACUCUAAAGCUCUUGCUUUGACAAACGUAUCACUCAACAGACUAACAACUCCUAAAUUAGUAAGAAGGCUUGCCUUUGAAAAGUGGUCAGAUAAUUCUUCUAUUUCUUUCAAAGGCUACCAGCCAUUUUUGGUCCAUGAGGUCACGUCACAACUACUCCACGUGCUAUAGCAUCAGAAUUUUGAUGGAGUCUGAAUUUGAGGGUGAGAGAAUACAUUUGCUAACACCAAUCAUGGGUCAAAUUAUCCCUGUGUGCUUUGCUUCCUGUAUAUGAAUGCAAAUGUUACAAAGAUGCGCUUGAAAUGUCAACAAAGUGUGCAGUUGGCAUUGCCAUAGCAUGAUCUACCAUGUGACACCUGUAUGGUGAACCCACUUCAGUUACUAUAAUAAAAAUGUCAACACA